CCCUCGCACAUUCUUCAUGCCAUGUAGCUAUGGCGAUAGAUGCUCCCCCUCACCACUAUUUCCAUGAACAUUCUUAUGGUUCGUACAAUCCCUCCUCCAACAUCUUUUUUCCACGGUUCUGUUGCUUUGAAAAAAUUCCAAGCUAGGUGCCAUUCUACCCAAAUGUCUACACAACCAAUGCAAAUUGCUUCUUCUGCUUCUCAUUCUGCACCACCAAAUUCAGAUACAGGAUUCACAAUUUUGAAGGAAGAACUUUGUUAUUCUCGUUAUUUGAAUGUCUACAACCGUAUUGUGGAGCAUCCUGUAAGAGAGGAAGCAGCGGCAGACUCUGGCAGCUGCAAGGGGAAAAUUGUACAAUACGAUAUCGUUGGGGCAAAAACUGUUUCCUUCCAUUUUUGUGCUGUUUUUCCAUAUGAUACGCUCACAAGAUCUGUUACCCUUAUCAAGGAAUAUGCUCAGGGAGGGAAUUGUUACAUGUAUGGAGUUCCUUGUGGCGGGUUGUCAGAAAAACAUUCGUCUUUAGAAGAUUGUGCAAGGAAGGAGCUCUCGGAAGAGGCACAACUGCAGGGAGGAAAUUUAGUGAAGCUUAUAAGUGAUGAUCAUCCCGGUCUUUUAGAGGUAAAAUGGUGCCGCAACCGAUUCACUCCAUUUAUUCUCUUGGAUCCUGAGAAAGAUGCAAUGCCUCGUCCAAUGGACCCUGAAGAGUUUAUUGAAGUAUUGACAGUGGACAUACCCACCUUGAAAGAGAUUAUGUAUGGUGGUUCCAUGAUGCUGCCUUCAGUUGUUACUUGUAGUAUGGCUUUGAAGUAUCUUCACGAUCAUGACUUUCUUAAUAGUGAGUAGUAUGCCUUGACUACCAGAAAUGUAAUAUCUUAUUAUCUUCAACUUGGAUUCAUUCUUGGACACAAUAAAUAACUUGGCAUCGGCUGAUUGUUUCUUGCUCAUAUGCAUCAUUAUUGAUCAAAUAAAGACUUAGAUGAUUCACCAAGAUCUCA